CAAGCAGUUUGGCGGACUUACAAGCUUAGCAGGCUAGCUAGUAGGAACAAAAACAAUUCUCAGCUGUUUGCUUCUCGCUCCGUGCCAGGAGUUCACCGGCGGCCCGGUUCUGCUCGGCUCGGCUCGGCUGUCCGUCUGUCUGCUGAGUGUCCAUGGUUGAAGCAGGACAGUCCUUGAAGGACGUCAGACUCACGUGCUACUUUCCAUCUCCGCGACACUUCGCAUCCCACGCGAGCCUUCUGAGGCGGCGCCAUGUUGCCAGUCCACAACAGCAAACAUGGCCCAGACUUUUGUUGGCACCUGGAACCUCAAAUCCAGCGAGAACUUUGACGAGUACAUGAAGCAACUGGGUGUUGGUUUCGCCACCCGCACGGUGGGCAACAUGACCAAGCCCACCACCAUCAUCUCUGUGGAGGGCGACAAGGUGACGGUGAAGACGCAGAGCACCAUCAAGAACACAGAACUCUCCUUCAAGCUGGGGGAGGACUUUGAAGAGACCACCGCCGACGACAGGAAGGUCAAGUCCAUAGUGACCAUAGACGGGGGCAAGAUGGUGCACAUCCAGCGGUGGGACGGCAAGGAGACCAGCCUGGUGCGAGAGGUCAACGGGAACGCCCUGACGCUGACGCUGACGAUGGGCGACGUGGUUUGCACGCGUUCCUACGAGAAGGCAGAGUGAAGGACGUCCUGAAGUUCUUGACUAGUCAGCAUUUCUUCCCCCCCACCCCCAUCCCUCACAUCUACUGUAAAAACACUGAUGAGUAAAUUCAAUUGUUUUCUUUGUUUGCUGCACUAAAUGUGUUGAAGAGAAAAAAGUUACAACUUUGGGAAUUUAAUAAACUGAUAUCCCAAA